AAGAGUUUGAGCAGUCAUGAGGAUCAUCCCUGUUGGCCAUUCAUUUUAAAAGAUCAUUCCACCAUUUGAAUGCUGAGGAAUAUACUUCAAAUCAGUUUCUCAGAGGAGGAUGUCUGUGUCAGGGAAGAAGGAAUUUGACGUGAAACAGAUCCUCAGGCUUCGCUGGCGCUGGUUCAGCCAUUCAUCCCAAGGUUCGGCUGGUGGAGGAGGCGGUGGGGUUGGUGGUGGAGGAGGUUACAUUCAGCAGGAUGGCCAGGGACGACUGAAAAGUCACUCGCGGGAAAGAGGUGUUGGAGGUCUCCGGAAGACUAACAGCCCAGUACACAGCAUCUUGGCACCAACGCCAGGCCCCACACCUGUCUAUGUCAGAGCAGGUCAUCAAUCAUGGCAUCAUCAGCAGAGCACCAUCCAAGGUUCCCAGGCCAGCGAAGAUUCUUCAAAGAACAGUUCUUCUCCCAGCACAACAAGGAAAGAUGACACAAACACUGGCCAAGAAGAUGUAAAGAGUUCCACAGAAGACCCUGCAGAGCUGGAGGCCAGAGAAAGGUUGGUUCUGAGCACCUUCUCCAGAAUGAAUACCAAUUCCUCAGAUGAGUUUUUCCAAGCCACAAACCAUGCGGAACAGACAUUCCGGAAAAUGGAGACCUACCUCCAGCACAAGCAACUGUGUGAUGUCCUCUUGAUAGCAGGGGACCACAAGAUACCGGCUCACAGAUUGGUCUUAAGUGCUGUGUCGGACUACUUUGCUGCUAUGUUCACCAGUGACGUGAGAGAGGCGAAGCAAGAGGAGAUAAAGAUGGAGGGAGUGGAUCCAGAAGCCCUCAGAUCCCUGGUUCAUUUUGCCUACACUGGUGUCCUUGAGCUGAAAGAGGAGACCAUUGAGAGUUUACUGGCAGCAGCUUGCCUCCUCCAGCUUUCACAAGUCAUCCAGGUUUGCUGUAACUUUCUGAUGAAACAGCUUCAUCCCUCCAAUUGCCUGGGAAUCCGUUCCUUUGCAGAUGCCCAGGGCUGUGUGGACCUGCUUAAUGUGGCUCAUAACUACACCAUGGAACACUUCCUCGAGGUCAUUCAGAACCAGGAGUUCCUGCUGCUCCCCACAGCUGAAAUUGUUAAGCUGCUCUCCAGCGAUGACAUCAAUGUUCCUGAUGAAGAGACGAUCUUCCAAGCUUUGAUGAUGUGGGUGAGGUAUGAUGUCCAGAAUCGACAACAGGACCUCGGGGUGCUUCUUGCUUACAUCCGCCUACCCCUACUUCCUCCACAGCUCCUUGCAGAUCUGGAAAACAACAAGAUGUUCUCUGAUGAUCUGGAAUGUCAAAAGCUGCUAAUGGAAGCCAUGAAGUACCACCUUCUACCUGAAAGACGCCCAAUGUUUCAGAGCCCAAGAACAAAACCUAGGAAAUCCACUGUUGGUGCACUUUAUGCUGUCGGAGGAAUGGAUGCUACCAAAGGCUCUACCACCAUAGAGAAGUAUGACUUGCGAACAAACACUUGGGUCCAGGUUGGAGUCAUGAAUGGGCGCCGGCUGCAGUUUGGUGUGGCAGUGAUAGAUAAUAAGUUGUACGUGGUUGGAGGGAGAGAUGGACUGAAGACGUCCAACAUGGUGGAGUGCUAUAACCCCGUCACCAAAGUGUGGUCCACCAUGCCCCCAAUGUCAACACACAGACAUGGGCUUGGUAUUGCUGUGCUGGAGGGUCCCAUGUAUGCUGUAGGAGGCCAUGAUGGCUGGAGCUAUCUCAACACGGUGGAGCGCUGGGACCCACAGGCCAGACAGUGGAACUACGUGGCCAGCAUGUCGACACCACGGAGCACCAUGGGAGUCACAGCACUUAAUGGAAAAUUAUUUGCAGUUGGUGGUCGAGAUGGAAGCUCCUGUCUUAGGUCGAUGGAGUGCUUUGAUCCACACACCAACAAGUGGAGCAUGUGUGCACCAAUGACCAAGAGACGAGGAGGAGUGGGUGUAGCAACAUACAACAACUUCCUGUACGCCGUGGGCGGACACGAUGCCCCUGCUUCCAACCACUGUUCUAGACUCUCCGAUUGUGUUGAGAGGUAUGACCCAAAGACGGACACCUGGACCACCGUGGCUCCCCUCAGUGUUCCCCGGGAUGCAGUUGGUGUUUGCCUGCUGGGUGACAGGCUUUAUGCAGUUGGCGGAUAUGAUGGCCAGUCGUAUUUGAACACUGUGGAGUCCUACGAUGCACAGAACAAUGAGUGGACUGAGGAGGUCCCUCUUAACAUUGGCAGGGCAGGCGCCUGUGUGGUGGUGGUGAAAUUGCCUUGAGCGUUUUGUCUCAAAACAGCAUGGGUAACAAAUGAGGGAGCAGCAAAGAAGAGUGGACAAACAAAACAACAGAUCAAGGACGGAUCCUUUGAGAGUCAUGCUUUUAUUUUUUCUUACUUUAACUCGCCUCUCCAGAAUUUUCAGAGGGAAACACAGACAGAGCCUUGCCCAUAAACCAGUGUUGCUAUCAUUAGUGGACAUGCCUGCCCACUGGGAAGGACUUGUUCAGAAACUGGAAUGCACUGGAAUUCUUCACAUUCUCGACCAAUCAAGAAUUUUCAUAGACUCGGCCAAGCUGCGGCGAAUCAGCGCCAGGCCUUUGUUGUACGGCUUUGUUAUACUAGUUUUAUGAAAAGUGACGUGAAUGUCUGCAAGAUUACAUUUAAAACUUACAGUCUGAACAAAUAAGCCAAACUCCAGGUUAGUUUACAUUUCUACGCAAACAUUUCGUACCAGUACCAUCUCACACAAUAUAUUUUUGGGAUUAAAUCUCCAUUUAUAGCCACUCUAAUGAAAAUUGUUGUAACAAAUAGAAAUAACCGUACCAGUGUCUUUCCUCAUGGGUGGUCAGAAUCACUUCUGAAGCAUAGGAGACCACUGUGAACACCGAGGGUUGAAGUAAAGCAAUGAAAUGAUUUUUUUUUUCUGAAUAAAAUAUUUAGACAUUUUAUUUUGCUUUUUUUAAGCCUGUAGCUAAAAAACACCAAAGUCAUUUGCUUGUCUUAGAUGUCUUGUUACUAGUUACAUGUUCUAAAGGUUUACAAAUUUGUGAAUUACAGAAAAAUAUAUCAUAUUGAUAUUUCACAUUGCUGUACAGAUUUUUGUGAACUUUCUGAAAUGACAUUUGUGUUUAUAGGAUCAUGCCUAAACCAGUGCCCUCAGAUCACUACAGUCAUUGCUGUUCAUUUGGCUUCCUUCCUGGGCAUGCUAGCCGAGUGAAUGUUUUGUUUGAGUUAUAUAAUAUUAUAUAUGAUGAUCAUUACCGUCCUGUCUGUAUUUUUAAGGAUAUAAGACCUUCUGAGUUACAUAGAUCUUUUUUUUUCAAUCACAAACCCUUGCAGUGGAAUCAGGUGCAUCUAAACCAGCUAUGUGAAUCUAUGACAGCUUUUAUUUUACACGUUACCUGCAGUACUAGGAAACCUGAUUGCCACAGCACUUCACUAUUGCAAAUGUUUCGAAUUUUUACAUUUGUAGUUGGUAUAUCUGUUUAGAAAAAUGAAACAUUGCGACCUUCUUCUUAAUAAUUUGUAACUGUAAUUCGAACACGUUCUGGGGCCAAAUGCUAAUGUUUUUAUCAUAAUUUUGUACAGCAUGAGAACCAAUAAAUAAACUGACUUCAGUCUU